UUCGAACAGGACAGUCGGACAGAAGUGUUUUUACAACGCUUUGAACGUGGAAAGUUUCUGAUACUUUUAACCGUCUUUUACUGUCUGCAAACUUUAAAUUUACAGUCCAGUUUUGUCGUGAACUUUUAUUUAUGGCCCCUAAAACCAAACGUCAGCGUCAUAUGAUAAAAAUAAAAGCUAGGCAGAUACUGAUACUGAAGAAGCUUGUACGUUUGUAUGUCUUUGUUGGGACUGGUCUGGUGACUUAAGUCUUAAGUUGAAUAAACCGAUAAGCCAAAUCUUAAGUCAAUACUCCUAAACUAAUAGUCUUAACUCCUAAUGCUCUUAAGUCAGAAGGCUAAUGAGUAAUGAAAACAAAACGCGUUUUAACAUUUUACCCGAAUUUUUCUUAUACUUAUAUUCACCCAACUCUCCUCCCCCAUGGCCAAGUUUGUUAAAUUGUAAUUUGAGGAUUUCAAAUUUAUUUUAUUAAAUUUAAAUAUUAUAUCAUCUCUCACAAUCACCACACCCACACUUUAAUAAGUUGAUUAAGUUAACGUUUAUGGUGUUUGUCUGAGCUUACUAUUACUAUAAUAUUAAAGUGAAAGUUCGCUACUCAGCCUAAAUUUAAAUUCCUAAAGCCUAAAUAAAUAUAUUUUGCUCAAAGACUGCCACUGACUAGUAGUAGAGUAACUUUUAGUGAGAAGGGCAUUGCUAUUAAAUAGUCUAAGAAUCAACUUAAAAAAAUAAAAUCUUUAAGUUAAGUGCAGCUCAGUGAUUCUUAAUAUUUUAGCAUUAUUAUAAAUUAUAAAUUAUUCUUCAUUUUAUUUAUUUGAAGGUAUGAAUUAUGAACACAUCGUCAUUUAGUUUUUUUUUAAAGUAGGUUGUUAAUAGUGUUAAUAGUUCUUUUGCCUUUGCUAGUUUAAAAAAAAAAAAAAGAUUAUUUCAUAACUUUUCAGUGAGCCUAGUAGUUCCAUUGUCAUUGUUCAUUGCUUUUUAAAGUGUAUACAAGUUAAUUAUAACUUCCCUUUCUUUCUUCAGUUAGCCAAAUCAAAUAGUGGUGUACCAGUAACUAUAACAAGGAAUCAAGUAUGACAGAUGUAGGCCUACCACUAGUGGUUAUGACCCAUGCUUCACCUCCAAGUGUGCAUGCCAGAUUGGAACAGCAGUGUCGUGUUGUAACUAUCAACAAAGAUGAAAAUAUUGUUCCUCGACAGAAAUUCCUUGAAGCUAUAAAGGGUGCUCACGCUUUGUUUCUAAACCCAUACUCACGUGUGGAUGCAGAGGUUUUAGAUACAGCAGGUUAGUAUUUUGAGGGUUAAUCUGAGAUUUCAUGAGAUGUAUUUGCAGUUUAUUUCACAAAUAUUCUUGGUUUUCGUUUUCUCCCUCUUUAGGUAUCUUUACAAUCUGGCUGUUUGUUCAAAGAAGAACAUUGCCUUUGCAGUACUGGUAAUAAAAUUAACAUGUUAUGUAUAUCAAUGGAUUCAGCAUUGAAAUAUUAUUUAUGAUUUUGAUGUUACACCAAAAGAUGGAGUGUUGACAUGUACUAACUUACUUAAAAGAAAAUCAGAAAACUAUCGAGCCAGAACUCAUAACAAAAAAACACCAACAUGCCACAAACAGGUAAAAGCAAGUAGAUCAAAAAAGUAUGGAGACCUAAAAAAAACCUUUAUUAUUAUCCAUCAAUGGUAUCAAUUUUUACAAUACAUAUACAAAUUUCAAGCAAAUUUACCCACAUUUCUAAUAAUUAUGCCAUUUUUUAAAAUGCAUUCAGAAUUCAUACAUUUAAUAAUUAAUUAGUGAAAUAUUUUAAUUUUUCUUAUAUUUAAAAAUAUUUUAAAAAAUGACACAAAAGAAGGCAAGUGAGAGAAAUACAAUUAUUAUCAUCAAAUAAUAUCAAAAUGGAGAUGAAUAAUUUUAACAUAUUUUGUAAAAAACAAAAAAAACCCACUACAUUAGGCAUAAAUAAACAAUUCUUUGUUAUGAAAUAUGACAAUUUUUGUUUUCCAGAUAACUUGUGUAUUUAACAAAGGUAGCACAUUAAGUCCUAGAUUUUAUUUCUGUUUUAUUAAUCUAAUAAAGAUUUUGCACAUUAUUUCUUUACUGUAAGUAACCACCUUUACUGUAAGUAACCACUGCUGUUUUAACAGUAUACUGAGUUAUAAUCAUUCAUAAAUAUUGCUGUAGCAGAAACAUGAGCAUUGUAAACAAAGUUUUUCACUGCCUAAUUAACUCUACCGAGGAACUUAAAAGACUAAAGCUUUUUUUUUUCUUUUUUCUAGUGAAAUAAUUUAUUAUAGAAAUGUCUUGUGUUCAAAUUUUUUUACUUAUGUAAUGAAAAUGUACAAUGCAAUCAUAAAACAUUUCCAUUUGGGAUCAAUAAAAGAGUCUUAUCUUAUAUUAUCUUAACAGGUCAUUUUAAUUAUCCAAGACAAGCAUUUCGUUGUCUUCAGAUUAAAAGAAAUAUGUCUACAGGAUAAUGCUAGAAUUGUCAUAAAAAUGAAGGAAUAGGCUCUGUCAACUUUUUUUCUUCUUCUUCCCUUUACUAACCUCACUAUCCAAAUUAUUCGAAGUUAUUCCAAAGCUGAUAGCUUUUAUCAGCUACUUUUAUGACAGUUUCAUCAAUUAGGAACAGUAGUGCUUUCAGAUUAACCUACAUAUAAAACAGAACUCUUGAUACUGUUUAACUAGAUAUUGAAUCUGAAAUAAGUGAUAAUUCAUUCAUGGAGCCUUUUUUCUUCUUCUUUUUUUUCCUUUUUUUUUUGGUAUCAUGUGACAUUUCAUAGCAUCGACAGGUCUUGCAGCCACUAGUUUCAAGAUUUAACCUGUCAUUCAGGUUGUCACAUUCCAAAACAAAUCAGACGAAUCCUCGUCUUAUAUUUUACAGAGUUUAAAAAAAAACAGAUUUGCUUAAUCUUGCAAAAUACAAAUCUCAGUUUUUAUUUAUGUUCACAGAGUUAAAUUUUUUUUUAGCCAAAAUAAAAUUAGAAAUAUGUCAGUGGUUCUAAAAAUGAAAUGAAGGAUUCAGGCUCAGGGCUGUCACUUGAAAUCAGUGGGUUUUUUUUUUUCUGAAACACAUUCCUACACAAGUUACUGCUAUACACCUGUUUUGUAUUGUAUGCCAUUGAUCAGUGGACAUUUUUGUUCCAUUUCAGGCCCACAACUUAAAGUUAUAGCCACAUGUUCAGUUGGUCUUGAGCACAUUGACCUGAAAGAGUGUGAGAGGAGAGGGGUCAAAGUAGGCUACACCCCGAACGUUCUGGACAAGGCUGUGGCGGAAUUGGCAGUGGCCUUGACAUUGGCUACCGCUAGAAGGUUGGAGGAAGGUGGGUUUUAUUUGCCAUGGCAGGGCAUUUAUAUAUAUAUAUGUGUGUGUGUGUAUUUAAACAUAUGAGAUUUGUUUUUAAAAAAUUAAACAUAUUUUAAAACAAUGGAGCAAUUUACUGGUGACUUGUUAAAUCCAUUUAAUAUUACUUUCAAGAUUCCUUUUAAUGUGCUGGCAGUGACUUUUAAAUUCUAUCUCCCAGCACAAGUAACAUUUCAAGAUAAGAACAUUUCACAUUUAAAAAAAGCAACUAUUUUCAAUGUGGGAGACAUUUAUUUAUAUUAUAUCCAUGAUUAUUUGGCUUUAACCGUUGUCACUAGUUUGUCUUUUCCCAUCAUUUUAUGUUAUUAUUAUUUUUGAUACAUAAGAAAGGAAACAAAAAGAAUGCAUGCUUAGAAUGUUUAAAAAGCUCUUGACACAAUUGUGAUUUUUUUUAAAAGUUUAUUUACGCUGUGCUAAGUAGGCCAUCCUUUUUAAAAAAAAAAAGUCACUUUGAGACCAGAGAUGAUGUUAAGUAUUUGUUCAAAUUCCAAAUUGAAAAUCCUGGUGUAUAAAUAAUUUACCGUACAUCUUUCUGCAGCUUUCCAAAGUGUGCGGGAUGGUGUGUGGGGGACAUUGUGGGAAAACUGUCUGUGGAUGUGCGGGAAACAGGUGUCUGGCUCUGUCGUCGGCAUAGUCGGGCUCGGCAGGAUUGGAUUUGAAACAGCAAAAAGACUCGCUGCCUUUGAGCCCAGCAAAAUCCUGUACUGCGGCAACACACCCAAGGCUUACGCUGACACCAUCAGAGCUGACUUUGUCAGUUUUCACGAGCUGCUGGAGACAUCAGAUUUUGUGGUUGCGACUUGUUCCAUCAAUGACAGCACCAGAGGCUUGUUUGACAAGGAGGCUUUCAAAAGAAUGAAGGCAGAUGCCAUCUUUAUCAAUGUGAGUCGGGGGGCCCUAGUCAAUCAAGAUGAUUUGUAUGAAGCUUUGUCGUCCAAUCAAAUUGGGGCCGCCGGACUCGAUGUGACCACACCAGAGCCACUCCCGCCCAAUCACAGGCUGCUGAAACUGCGUAACUGUGUAGUGUCUCCGCACUUAGGGAGUGCAACAGUUCGUACUCGGGCAGCGAUGUGUGACGUUUGUGUGGAAAAUAUCUUUGCUGGGUUGAAUGGGAAAGAUUUGCCUUCACCUGUCCCAUCAGCAUUCAAAUAAAAGCUUGGAGUGGAAAACUUGAAUCUUUGAGACUUUAUUUACAUGAAAUACUUAGUAAUUUUUUAAUUUACAAAAUAUAUAUAUAUGUAUGUAUAUUUUUGUGUUACGGCCAAAAUCUGUAAUUAUGGGGCUGGUCUGCAAAAUCAGGAAAUGGCCAAUGUUGCUGUAAAGUAACCGGCCCAAAAAAAGAUAUUUUCUUGAUUUUGCUAUUUGGCUGGUCAUUUUGCGAAAUGUCAUGAGGCGUCUGCCAGAUUCGUAGUGAUUUUUGUUUUCUGUGCAUGAAUUCAAGUGUGGGCAGUUACCCAUGCAGAAUGGUAAAUACGCUUCAGGAAAGGAGUUGAUUUAGAACACCACGUUCUGUUCCUAGUUUGUGAAUAGCACCCUCAUGACAACUGUAAGAUGGUCAGUCUUCUGUCAGCACAAAGUUCGACCCAGGGAUUUCCCACUAGCUCACGAAACAACCAGCCAAAGUAUCAUAGAUACCGGUCUUUUCAAUUGUAUCUGACCUUAGUCACACCUCUAUGAAAUUUUGCAUUUUUGCCGGCCGCUUCGGUAAGAGGCCGAACUUUGGGCUUUGGACGUAACAUCUUUAUACUCAAGAUAUUACAUAAUGGUCGAAUUUUUUAAAAGAUUGAUCUCUCCAGCCGUCAAAUAACAUUGUAUGUCUUAUCAGUGGUUUGUCAACAGUGUCGUACGUUGUGAUCAGACAGGAUGUUUAUUGGUUUGCUAACGGUGUGAUAUCAUCUGUUAAGACAGGACGGGUGAUUCUAUAAGUGAUUCUAUUUAAAACUACAGAGAUAUUAACUUAUCGUAACCUUUUAUCUUUUUAAGUUUCAUUGCUUAAAGUUAAACUUACCUUAAAGUUAAACUUACCUAACAAAUUUCAAGAUUUUGUUUGAUAAAAAGAUUGUGUCUAGUACAAGAGCAAAAAUAAUUAUAUUUUAAUUUUAUUAAUAAUAAUUUUAUACUUAAAUUUAAUACAUUCCUAUUAUACAAUGUGCUUACAAUCCACGGAACCCUGCUUUACUAUUUAACAGUCAUUUUGAUCUUGGUACAUGUUAUUGGGUUAAAUUUGGCAUUUGAAGACAUCACAUGAUAUCAGAUGUAAUAGGAUUUUUUUGUGUCGAAGGAAGCUGAUCUGAUGUAUAUUUAUUUAUGCUGAUUAUUAUAAAAUAUUGUUCGUCCUUGGUGUGCGAAGAUGACCAAGGCUUGGACUUGAGCAGUAGUCUUGGCUUGAGCUGUAGUUUGUCCUGCUCAUAUCGUCAGCCUCGUCCUUGUCUAAUUGCUCAAACGGCAAGACUUGGUCAAGAGGACUUGAAAUCGACCAAGAUGCGGUGGAUGACCAGCAGGGUGCCUUGUGUCACACUGUGCUCUCAUGCGUUCCACGUCAGAAUUUUCAAUGUGUCAGUGUCAUACCGUCUACAGGAUGCCUUCUCGUAGAUGAGUUACCAUCGGAAUCCAAGGUUAACGAGCCCCAUCCACCUCGGCUGAUGGUGUUGUUUUUGCUAGUAGUGAACUCCUAUCCGCAUUCUUGGGAUUUCCUCAGUUUAAACCACUCGGCCACCCAAAACGUGGAUGAUACAAGCGCGUUUCUCGUGUAACCAGAUGCUUGUCGUAAUUUUCUUCAAAAAUAUGAUUAUUUUCUUUGAGUGGAAAUCACAAGAAUUGUGUAUGAAUAUUUUAAAAAUAAAAUGUUCUUUUAAAAUAAUACUACAGCAUAACUUAGGUAAGAUAAUCAUAAGAUAUGAUACUUUUAUUGAUUCAAAUAAAUUGAAAUUUGUAAAGGGGGGGGGGGGGGUUCACUCGUAGUAUGUGUGGUUCUCUUUAUCAUGAAAUGCGUAAUUAGCAAACAUACUGUCCUCUUCAUUUACAUACGAUUAUCCUUGUCCAUCAUAACGUUAGUGGAUGUUCACUGUGAGGUCCAUGAAAUAUUAGUGGAUGUUCAGUGUGAAUAUUCAUGCAUAUAUAAUACAUGCAAAUGUUAGUGGAUGUUCAAUUCAAGCUCCAUUAGAGUGUUUCAUGUAACCAGAUACUUCAUGUAGAAAUAAACUCAAACCAGAC